ACAUCAACUACUGCAGAGAAAAAGUGAAAAUCUAGUGGAUUAGUUCCGGCAACCACGCGCGGUGGUCCAUGGAGGGGUGUCGUGAGAAAUACUAGCUGGUGAUUUGUUCCGGCAACCAAACGCGGUGGUCUAUGGAGGCAUUACGUGUCCGUGCCCGUGCCCUAUCCAGAGACGUGGUUUGGUUUUCUCUCCAGAAAUUCCGGCGUUUCUCUUCGUCCUCGUCCACCGCGAGGGCUAGGGCAAGGAGCUCCUUCUCCGACGAUCCCGAAGGAGGUAGUUCAAUCUACCGUCACGCCCUCAAAUUCAAGCCUCCAUCCACUAUCAAUUGGCAAAAUCGCUACCGUAAAGCCCUCGAAGUCCUCGAAUACCCGGAUCGUCCAAGCCGUUGGCCCAAAUAUAUACAACAGUUACACAAUUCUGUUAGCUUCAUCGGAACAAUCGAUCGUCUCCGUGAGUCAGAUUGUCAAUAUGGCGAUUCUGGCACAUAUACUUGGCUUACCGUCAAAACCUCCCCCGACUCAAAUCGAUCGUUCGAGAUUUUACUGAAUAUGUGGGAUGAGAUGGCAGAAAUAUCUAUCAGACAUCUGAAACCAAAUGAUUUCAUUUAUGUUUCUGGUCGUUUAGGAUCAUAUACAAAGGUUGACAUAAACGGAAAGCUCGAAACAUAUUACCAGGUAACUGUGAAAGAAUUAAAUUUUGUUGCACAUUAUGGUAAAAGCAGAACUUGCCAGAAAUCUGAGCUAUCUGAAAUGAGAGGUAUAAUUCAAAGCCCAACUUGCCAGAAACCUGAGCAAUCCAAAACGAGAGAUUCAGUUGAAACCGCUGAUGAGAAACACAGAAAACGCCUUUAUUUGUGGCAAUUGUUCUUCGCCAACCCAUAUGAGUGGCGCGAUUGCAGAAAAAAAAGAGAGGAAAAUCCAAAUCAUCCAGAUUUUAAGCACAAGUAUACUGGUGAAGCACUCUGGCUCAGAUACGAUGAUCCUCCAUGGAUUAAAAACCAACUCCAACGGAAUGAUUCUAGAUUGGCAGAAGGUGGCCAAAGGGAGGAACAUCUUAGGUUUGGUUCUGGUUUAUCUCCGCUGGUGUUUGAUGACUAGGAACUGAUCUGAAAGCUCUCUGAUGGAAGAAGAGAUAAUAUACUGAACUUUAUUUCGCAAAACAUAUGUUCUGGUUGCUUCAGUCACUUGAUUGCCAUUGCAUAUUGCCACAGACAAUUAUAGGAUAAGAGUGAUAUCGGACCGGUUUUAAGCAGGCGAUAUAAAGAUUGUACAGCUCCUGGUCUGAACAUUUUGAAGGUUGAUCCAGAUAUAUAGGGGAAUUUUCCCACUCUUCGUGUGGAAAAAUCACACUACAGUUUUUGACGUUGGUCGUGGACUCUCUCCUCCUUAUCGUUGUGCGUUUGUGGUGAAGUGGCUUGGGAUUUUUUUAAUUGUAGUACCAUAAGGCUACUGACGAUGAGUUUAUUAGCUAGAAAUGAACAAGGUUUGAUACCCAAAUUGGUUGGAAGAGUUUGCUGUAUUUUAUUAUUGAAAGAAAACAGAAGGCACAGAAUGCUCAUAUAUGGUCGUGGAGAAUAUUAUAAGAGUUAUCAGAAUAUUAUAAGAGUUAUCAUAUUUCGCAGGGGACAAUGCGUAGCUACUCACACAGGAUGUUCAUAUAUGGUCGUGGAGAAUAUCAUAAGAGUUAUCAUAUUUCAAAGGGGA